AUGUCCGCUCCCGCGACCGAAACUCACGAUAGCGGUACUGGGAUCGCCCAGACCCAGCCACCGACCCAUGGACACGCCCACCAUGACAGCAUCGCUCAGGACUACGCGCGAUCUAGCAUAGUACAAGAAAGCAACAAUCCCAACCGGCAUAGUGUGGUUUUCGACCAUGCGCCCGACGCCGUCACGCACGACAACAAGCGCACCAGCUACGCCGGCAACCGGUACAGCAUGGCGGCCGAUACGAUUCGGAUGAGUUACGCCAACGACGAGGACCAUCGUCGCUCGUACCAUGUCGACUUUGGUCCGUUGGCGCAUGUGAAUACCGCUGAGACCCAGCUUCCGGCCUUCGGUGGUGAGCUGCAGCCGGGUCUGUAUCGGUCCGUGAAGAAUCGUAAAAUCGGUAACCCGGCGCCUUUGGGCCUCGCGGGCUUUGCGUUGACUACGUUCAUUCUGGGAUGUAUCAAUAUGCAAGCGCGUGAUAUCACCGAGCCGAAUAUGGUGGUUGGAUCGGCGUUUGCGUAUGGUGGGUUGGUGCAGUUGUUGGCCGGAAUGUGGGAAAUGGCCGCUGGAAAUACAUUUGGUGCUACGGCACUGUCCUCGUACGGCGGAUUCUGGAUCUCCCUGGCCAUCGUCUUCACCCCUGGCGGAUUCAAUAUCCAAGCUGCUCUAAAGGCAGCAGACAACGGAUCAAUGGGAAUGUUCUAUGACUCGCUGGGUCUAUUCCUCAUGGGCUGGUUCAUAUUCACCUUCAUCCUCCUCACCUGCACCGUGAAGUCAACAGUGACAUUCUUCUCGCUCUUCCUGUCCGUUGAUCUCGCUUUCCUACUUCUCGGAAUCGGGUACAUGCGGCGCGGCGGAACGGAGAUGCCGAAUACGGCCAUCAUCAAAACUGGCGGGUUCUUUGCGCUGCUGGCGGCGUUCUUGGCUUGGUAUAUUGCGCUGGCGGGUAUUGCGGACGAUAGUAAUAGUUUCUUUAUUAUUCCGGUGUUUCACUUUCCAUGGUCCGAGAAGGGGAGGAAGUCGAAGAAGGAGGCUUAA